GUAAUAUAGCAGAAGUCACGCAUCGGUUGGAUAUCCUUCCCUGAAUCCCGUGAACGAGCACUCGCCGGCACGAGGUUGUUUCAUGAGACGUGUUUGUCGGUUGAGGGCCUAGCCUAUGAUCGAUUGACCCAGCGAAGGAUCCUCAAACAUAUGCUGUGGAUACAAGUCGUAUAUUAUACCUUGAUACUGCCCAGACUAGAUGGACCCUAUUUGUCUUGGUGCCAUUGUCAAGAAGACAGUCCGCGUACGUACGCACGUAUCGACAGGAAGGUCGUGAAUCUCAAAUGCGAAUCGUUUCCUGUAGACAGCAAGCGCCGUGUGACCAUUUGCUCACAAGAGAUACGGAGGCGGGUAGCCGCAAAUGAGGGGUACUUUGAGGUCUUCUCGGGCGUGGGGGGUCUGAGCCAAGGGUCCGCCACACCGUCAAGAAAGCGGCGGAAACCAAAGUCAAUUCGAGAGGGCUUUCACAUGUCAAUCGCUCGACAGAAUGACUUGGGUCAGUUGGCGACUCGACACUGGCAUUGCUUGCUGAUGGAGGGUCAAUUGGCAACGGAUGAUAACACACACCUGCUCGAAAGCCUCGAUCAGGGUAUUGACUUGCUGACCCGAGCCGAAGUAGGAAUACAAUCAGGCAUUAUGAAGGGGGUUCAAUGGAGGAGGAUUAUGUUGGUCUCGCCCGACAUGGCAGAAUCCCACCGGGCAUAUGCGUGAUCAGGAUAUCUCCCUCGGGGGCCCACCUGAUAAGCGCUACAAACAAGAAGAUGCGCUUGCUCCUCUCUCCACCAAUGUCGAUCGAGCGAAGGAGGAGGGGAGGCGUCGAGGCGGUGCGCUCAAUCGCGUGUAGUU